UUGGAGUGACUAGUAGGUGAAGCUAUCAGAGGUACAGUUGAGACUACAAGAAAAAUGGAUGUACUCUUCAUUCUGACUGCAAUUCUACUUUUUGGAACAUCUGAUUCUACAAAAGGAGAGUCAGCAGCCAAAUCAGAGAUAACGUGGCAUGAUAUCCUUGCCCUACUCAGAAAAGAUGUGGUGUCAGAUCCCCAGGAAGAGAAGGCGCAGUCCACCAAGGCACAUGGUCAUCACACCAAAAAUAUUGUCACAGACAUAAUGGAGGGGCUUCAUACUCUUGGUCUAUUCCCCAAAAAGAGUCUGAAUCUCCAACGCUUGAUCUCCAACUCUGGUCGGCCACUGGAGAAGAACAGGCUUUCUGGAUUCCUCUACAAUAUAUCAAUGUAUAUGCAAGGGGCUGGGGGAGAGUCCAGUCCAGUACCUGAUCCAAAUCUCUCAAUUGAAGGUGGACAACAGUUCUGGGGUAAUCUAUUGCAGUCCUUUCUCAAUGUGGGCGGAAGUAUUUUAGAAACUCCAAACAGGAAGGAGCCACUUAGGCCAAAGUUCAAGAUCCACAAUAUGUUUGUCUCUCUCAGAGGGAGUCAGCACUAUGAUGGGAUUUUGAGCAUACUCCAGAUUUUGAUAAACUUUUUAGAGCGGCAGCAAAAUCACCCUCUUUUCAAUUUCCUGUGGCAAAACUGGGAUAUGAUUGGCACGCUGCUGGAGACCAUUUUUCAGACAUUGCUAAAUGGAAGUUAUGGACAUGGUAGUACUGGACUGCAAAGCAUUUUCUGUGCUUUGACUGGGCACACAGAUUGUGGCUUUAACCUUGAUUGGUUGCAACAGCUUUAUCGUUAUUUAGAAGCAAAGAACUGGAAGCCUGUUGUCAAUUUCCACCCAGGAAAUGGAGGGAUAGGAAACCUUAAUGGAGGAAUACAGUCCAUUGGGCGUUUCAAACCGUUCAGUGUACUUCCUGAAGCUCUUAAGGAAGAGGGUGGAGUAAAUAAUCAGACACAAACUGAAUCUGAGCACCUGGCCUCAAUGCCAUCUCUCCUCCUCCAUGCAUUCUCACGCUCCAAUGAAAUAGAAAAGUCAGAGCCUGCUAUCGAAGCCAGUUCAGUCUUAUGGCAGGGACUGGAUGGCCUACGCCAGGGACUUUUUCAGAGAAUGGGCAGUUCAGUAUAUGUGGGUCUCAAGAGGAAGGUGUCAAGAAUUACUAGAUCUUUACUCGAUGAUGUGACCACUCUUGUGAGAAUUCCACAACCUGACCAAGAUGGAAAGUGCACAGUAGGUGACUUAAGGCAACUCCUGCUCUGGGGUAUCAGAAACAACAUUGACUGGAAUGCCCAAAUGCUUGGCUUCGCCUCUCAGGGGUUUCCAGCUGAACCUCCUUUUCUGUCCUGUAUGAAGCUCGGAAAAGAAUGGUCAAAGAAAAAGCAGGAGAAUCUUCGGAAGACAAGGUCAAUUGCCCCAGAGCCAGAUCUGGAGAAUAUCUGGUCUGGGACAGAUGUGACUGCAGAAGACAACUUUUUUGCAACCUCAGAGCUUUUGGAGGCUGCCUGUAAUGAGUCAAUUCCUGGCUUGACUGGAGUCUCCAACUUUACAGUCUUCCUAUACUGUAAUCUGUUUGAAGGAAAUGAUGACACUGUAGACAUGGAAGCAAGUUACCCAGGGGUUGAUCUCCAGUCCCUCUGCUCUGAUGCUGCUUGGUACCUGUCUGCUGCUGAAGCUGACUUCUUGUGGGUGACGGUAUGCAGUGAAUAUUUUGCUACAGAGUUCAACAGUACUGUGUGUGCUAACUCAUCUUUUUGGGUGGCAAGAGCUCAGAGCCAGGUUACAAUGCAGAAGGAUUUCUACUCUUUUAAUCAGACCAGCAUUGAUAACCUUUGUCAACAAAUGUCUUCUGGCCCCAAUGGAAGCUCUUUGAAAAGCACAAGUGAAAACUGUCUCAGCCGUCUGAGUACCAGAGUACUAAGUGUGCAGAACUUCAGUCAGUGUUUCUUGCCUAAUGCUUCAGCAUUGAUUGGAAAUCUCUGUGGCAAUGAGACCACCUUUGUUCCUGUAGAAGGAAGCUGGGCAUUUGAAUUCUGCAGCAAAAACUGGUACAAUUUUAUUUCUUCUGAGCUGGGCACUUGUGAUAUUCGUUAUUGGACCCCUGCAUCAUUUGAAAAUGCUACCCUCUUGAAGCACUGCUGGAACAAUAAGGGUUUUAGAAACUAUAUAUGCCACAAUGAUACUAUCUAUUACCAUCUUGCUCCAAUUCACCCUUGGAUAUUGAGGUACUGUGCAGAUCCAGAAACAAACUCUGGAGAUGAAAGAUGUUUCCUCCAAAAGAUAUUUGACUUGCUUCCAAUACCAUAUGACUUUGAAUCAUCCCAGCUCUGUCAGAACCCAGCUCCACAUCUUCUGGAGAUAUUGUACAAACUAAGCGAGUGUAAAGGGGAAGUGCAUGAACUUCAUAACUGGAUUGUAAAUGUUAAUUAUAUUCUUCGACUACUGGAUUUCAUUCUGAGCCUGCCAUCGGGAUUUGACACAGGGAAGAGGGAGGUGAGAGCACAGCUGAGUGAGGCCAUAUUGCUCUCCAGUCUCCUAGACAACACCUCUUUCUAUGGAGCAUUGAGCUCCAAUGCCUCCUUGAAUGUUCUACAGGCAGUUGGAGACUUUCUGCGAAAUGAGCGUAACGUGUCCCUGAAAGAGGAUCUUCUCAGCUGCUUCAGUCCUGUCCUCUGGGACCUUAUUCAAAAAGAAGACAAUUCAUCCUCUCUCAGAUUCCUCUUUCAGGAAUAUCUACAAAUGCCAAGGGAAAGCUUACGGUCUUUACUGAUGUCUGCUGAAAAUGAAGCAGUGAAACGAUUUCUGUCCCACAUGCAUCAAACAUGGAACCAGCUACAGGUGUCUCAGCAGGAUGAGCAGGCAAUGGAGAUGAUGACCUCAGCAUUGCUUCACAAGUUUCCUCGUGUCACCCCUGACCUCUUUGUUGACCUCUCACAGUUUAUCCCCUUCAUGUCAGUUUCUGACAUUAUGAGCUUUCCGUCACUCCUUUUGGUCAAUGAUAGUGUCCUGACAGCUAUCAGGGACCACAGCUCUGAAAUGAAACCACUACAAAAGAGAGCUUUUGUGAAGAGGCUGCUGCAGUCCAAUGUACUGGGACAAGUUCCUUUGUGGCCACCUUACUUCCUGCGAUCCCUUCAGCCGCUGUUACCUUAUUUGCCACUCUGUCACUUUCAGCAGCUGACAGCAGAACAGCUCAUUCCCUUGGUGGAAACACUGGGAAACAGCAGUUUGGACACAACAAGAGGACGCCACGUGUUGCGUACCAUAUUUGGAAAAAAGCAGAAUAUAACAGCUGAAACUGCUCAGAGACUUGGGAUCUUAUUGUGCUAUAUGAAUCCAGAAAACCUGCAAGCCCUCCUGAGAUUCCAGCCGUUUCUGAAGCGUCUGCUGUGGUGUGUGUCUCAGGGGCUCAUUAGCCCAACCAGUAGGCGGGCUCAUUCUCUGCUUCAAGCUGUCAAGUCAGUCAAUGCCAGUGAACUGACUUCCUCUCAGUUGGCGUCACUGCGUGGGAUCCUACCUCAGCUAGGAAUCUCCUUCCUGAACCAUGUACCUAUGACUCACAUCACUGAUAUACUCGCCAAGCCUGGCCUCACAGACUUCUCUCCAGCACAGGCUUUCCUGAUAUUGAAAAAAAUCAUGCAAAGUACAGAUAUCAGCAUACCACACCCUUGUCAACUGUGGCCCCUUCGGUUUGGAUUAGGCCCUGCUUUCCUGAAAAUUCUCCAACCUCCCUGGACUUCAAAUUCCUCUUGCCAGUGCUGGAAGUCACUGCUUCCUGAGCUUGGACUGGCACAAAGAGCAAUGCUAUUAGAAACACUUCAGAUCUUGAGGAAUGGUUCAGAAAAACUAAGCCCUCACAUUGACUGCCUGCUGCCAUUUGUUCCUUUGAAGGAGCUAACAGAUGAUGGAGCUGCAAUCUUCAAAAAUAUUGCUGUUUAUAAAUUUCAGCCCUGGUCAACUCAUCAGGCACAGUACCUUUUCAAGAAGAUCCUACAAACUAGCAAUAUAACCAAGGAAGUGUUUAUGAGUUUGGGAAGCAUUGCUAGAGGAAUCACCUGUAACUGGGUACGGCACUGGGCCAAUCAUUCUGACUUUGGUGAACUGCUCAUCUUCAUAACCCAAAUACCUUUGGGGAUCCAUCCAAGUCUGAAAAAAUGCAUAAUAGAGGAAAUUCAGAAGAGACCUGAGAUGGAUUUGCAACUACUGCCACCACAGUUUUCCAUAGAUUUGCCUCUGCGGAUGAUAGAGACUCUACCCAAUUCCUCGCUGGAAGCCAUCCUAGAUCACAUCUCGAGACACUUCAAUGACUUCCUGAGACUUCCUCAUUACAAGCAGAGUGUCCUAAUGGAGAGGGUCUCGUCUAUCCUGGGAGUUGUUCCAGAUCAGGAGAUUUCAGGAAUGCUGCUAGAUCUGCUAGGACCACUUUUUCCUUUUCUGGACUCUUCGCGGGUGGAGCAGGUGCAGCGUGAGGCUCUCUUACUGCGACUUGAUGAGUUCAAAGGUUACUGCCUGCCACCAGAGGCCUUGCUAGAAUUGGGGCAGCUCCUGAAAGAAGCAGCAGUGCUGGGACUAAAUUCUAGGGAACCAUCCGGCUGGACUCAGAUGCAAAUGGAGCAUGCUGGGAGACUGGUACUCUCACUGUCUUCUCAGGAGAUUUAUCAGCUGCCAAAGGAAGCAUCAGGCUUAGACACUGUGGAGCAGAUACUGGAAAGCCAACGAGACUGGGAGACGAGUAAGGUGGGACAGAACUGUGGACCCAUUGAAAAGAUGACUGAAAAGAAGAAAAGUCUUACUGCCAGGUUUGUGACAGGAACAGCAGGCAAAGGGAAAAGAGAACCCAUACCAAGCUGCUCUGACUUGAAAGGCACCUUCCCGGCAGCCUGGACUGCUGGUCAGUUUCUGGGAAUGUUAGAGCAGGAACUUUUGGACUGUUUGGAUGUGCUGGGGCAAGAUCCAGAGCUGAGUGCUGAACAACGCAAAGCCUUAUGGGACAGGCUGAAACAGUUUCAGAUGUACGUACCAUUGAGGUCAGUGAAGCCAGAACAGAUACUUCAGCUUGGGUGGAUUGUUACUCAACUAAGUGACAAAGAGCUGCAAGAGCUGGACCUUUCGCACUUGGAAAUUGUAGCAUAUAUGGGACAGUUUGAUCAGUGGACUCCAAAACAGAUGAGAGCAAUAGUCUUGAAUUACCUGAAGCGUAGUGGACAGUCAAUUGAAGACCUGGAGAUGUCAAAGCUCGUAUCAUUUGGUUUCCUUAUUUGUGGGCUGUCUCCUACCGAAAUUAGUCGACUGGACCCUAAGGCCCUCAGCAAGUCAGCUCUGUUCCUUGGAGAACUGAAUUUGGGAUGUUCUGAACUUCAGGCUGAGGCACUGACCACAAGAAUUAUGCUGUCAGAUGCCUUUGGACCAGUCAGUGAAUGGGGUCCAGAGAUUUUCAUGGAAAUUGGCACUCUUGCAGCUGGAUUACCAGAUGUGGUGUUGUCCUCCUUAAUCAGAGAACAGUUUGAAGGUUUGACCCCAGCUGCUAUUGGUCUCAUGCCCGCAAGCAAGUUUGCAGUUGUGUUCAGUCCAGUCCACCUCUCCUGGAUGACCCCAGAGCAAGCGAGAGCAGUGACCCCACAUCAGUGGGCUGAGUUAAACAGUGAACAGAGCCAAGCUGUCUCCAUGGCGCAGUAUGAGGGCGAGCUCAUUCAAGAGCAGAGAGGGAAGAGCUCCACUAUGGCCCCAUGUGAAGACAAGAUGCUGUUACUUCUCUCUUCCCUGUUUUGUAUUUUAUCUUUCCUCAGCUAAAGGUUUAAAAGCACUUGCUGUUACAGUUUCUG